AUGUCUUCCAGUGCUUUGACACAACCUGAGAUGUGUGGCCUCUUGGCCAAGCAUCUGCAAUUUCAUCUUUUUGGAGCUAUGCUUGUAUCCCUGGGGGUUGUAGCUUCCUGUAAGUUUGGUCUGGCUGAAAAAAGAAAGAAGGCAUAUGCAGAUUUCUGCAGAAAUUAUGAUUCCAGGAAAGACUUUGAGGAGAUGAAAAAGGCUGGUAUCUUUCAGAGUGCAAAGUGA